AUGGCAUACACUAAAACCCAAGUAUUUUUCCUCCUUUCUCUCUUGGUUGCCACUUGUAUGGCCCAAGCUCCUGCACCAACACCUGUUGUAACCCCUGCACCGCCUACUGCAACACCAGCACCUGCACCACUUGCGCCUACACCUGUUGCACCUCCUACCGCAACCCCAACUCCUUCCCCAGUCGCUACUCCAGUAGCACCACCAACCGCUACUCCAUCUCCCGCACCAACCACUGCCACCGGACCCGCCGCUUUCGUCCCAGCUUCUGCCCCCGCAGCUGAUGUUCCCUCCGCUUCAGUUCCCAGCGCUUUAACUCCUGCUGCAGGUCCCGGCGCUGAUAGCCCAGUUUCUGACAACCCUGCCGGAAACUCUGCUGGAAGGUCCGCCGUUGCUGGCGCUGUUCUCUUCGGUGGGUUCGUUGCUGCUUUGAUGGUUUAA